AUGGCCUCCAAAUUCCUUGCCCGCCUACCCAAAGUUGGCCGCGGAAUCCUAAGUAAAGAAGACCAGCACUGCUCCAUCUGCUUGGAAGAGUAUGGCACCACCCCUUCCCCCAACGGCAUUAUCCAGCGUGCAGUGAUCAACGCAGCAACAACACCUGCCCCGUCCAUCUCGCUGUCUGAACGGAUCGCCGUGCUAGGACACCGCCUCUCUCUCCCCACUGUGGUCAUUACUCUGGUCGUGUCCAUCGCCGACAGGGUUCACCAUUUCGGAUCAUUAGGUGGUCACUCUGUGGUCGCUGUUGCGGCAGGCAGCUUGUACAUGGCAAGUCAGGUCAUGGACCGUCCCAUAUCUCUCCAAGCCCUCUCUCGAGGACUCGCAGAGGCAGGCAUGGGCGACGUUAGAAUUGGCGUUAUACAAAGCGCAUACGAGUGGCUCUACCGAUAG